CACCCAGCUGCGAGCACGAUGGCGGAAGAGGUGAGGUGGGUGGAUGCUUCUGGAGUGCCGCGGGCCCCGACCCCCCGGGCGUUCCGAGGCCGCCAGCGGGCCGUCUCGGCCCGGCUGCACCACCCCGGGCAGUAGGCGCACCUGGCCUGGCCGGAGCCCCUGCUCCGCCCCUCGCACCCUUGCCCGGCCUCGCAGCGUUGCCCGAGCGAACCCCGGUCUCCCCUUGGGCCCAGCGCGGUGCCGGGGUCAGUCGUUCUCUCGGGUUUCGGGACAGGUGAGCAUCCUGAUGAAGGCCACGGUCCUGAUGCGGCAGCCCGGGCGGGUGCAGGAGAUCGUGGGCGCCCUUCGCAGGGGCGGGGGAGACCGCUUACAGGUCAUUUCUGAUUUUGACAUGACCUUGAGCAGGUUUGCUUAUAACGGAAAGCGAUGCCCUUCUUCCCACAAUAUUCUGGAUAAUAGCAAGAUCAUCAGUGAGGAGUGCCGGAAAGAGCUGAAAGCGCUCCUUCACCACUAUUACCCAAUUGAGAUUGACCCACACUGGACCAUCAAAGAGAAGUUACCUCAUAUGGUAGAAUGGUGGACCAAAGCGCACAGUCUCUUGUGUCAGCAGAAAAUUCAGAAGUUUCAGAUAGCCCAGGUGGUUAGAGAGUCUAACGCAAUGCUUAGGGAAGGGUACAAGAUGUUUUUCAACACCCUCUACCAAAACAGCAUUCCGCUUUUCAUCUUUUCUGCGGGCAUUGGCGAUAUCCUGGAAGAAAUUAUCCGGCAGAAGCAGGUGUUCCACCCCAACAUCCACGUUGUGUCUAACUACAUGGAUUUUGACAAAGAUGGUUUCCUACAGGGGUUCAAGGGCCAGCUGAUACACACAUACAACAAGAACAGUACUGUGUGCGAGAACUCCGGUUACUUCCAGCAGCUUCAGGGCAAAACCAACAUCCUCCUGCUGGGAGACUCCAUGGGGGACCUCACGAUGGCUGAUGGAGUUCUAGGCGUGGAGAACAUUCUCAAGAUUGGCUUCCUAAAUGACAAGGUGGAGGAGCAGCGGGAGCGCUACAUGGAGUCCUAUGACAUUGUGCUGGAGAAGGAUGAGUCGCUGGAUGUGGUCAACGGGCUGCUGCAGCACAUCUUGCACCAGGGAGACUGGGUGGAGAUGCGUGUCCCCUGAGCGUGCAUGUGCAGGGCCAGUCCCUGCAGGCUGUGACAAGGAGGGGAGCCUCGCUGGGCGGCUGCUCUGCUGGGAGCCUUCUCUUCCUGGUGUGUACAGAGGAAAGUCCAGGGCAUCCACAAGCUGCUGGGUCCUUGCCCCUCCCCCCUCCUUUCCCCGGCGCCUUCUGUUUGUGUUCUCCAAGGCCUGAGGGAGACCCUGCCAGCGGGGAGGCAGCAAAAGCCAUUCCAAAUGAACUGUGGACCUGUAGGGUAUUCGUACUCCAGGAAUCAUUUGGUCCAGGAUUCUUUUUUUUUCCCCCCAAAAAAAUUUUAAACAUGGGAAACUCUUCAAACAAGCUGAAUGUAUAAAACAGAUCGAAAUAAAAAAAAGGAAAAACCAGAGCUGUUUUGAUUUGGGAGUUGGGGGGCAGAGCCUGUACUCUUUGGUCCUGGAGGUGCAGGAACCUCCAAGAAGCCACUAGGGCUCCAUGGAACAGUUUGAAAACCACCGAAUUAGACCAGAAGACCCCCUGAGCACAGUCUAAAAUGUCUGUGGGGAUCGAGGUGGGCAGGCAAGGUUGGAAGGGUAUGUUCCUGACCUUGAGUGGUUUGGCUUUAUUCUGAUGCAGCUGUUAAAGUUGAAUUUCAGCUGGAUCUGGCCAGCCCUUCCUGCAGAACCCCCUUUAGGAGUCCCCAAAGGCUUCCAUCUGGGCGUAGAUUUUCCUUGGGUGCCCUUGGCUCCUGUCCAUCCUUCUCCUCAUGAGUUCAGGGCCACCAGAAUGAAUGACCUAAGCGGGAUGGAUGACGGUGACCUGAAGGGAGAAGGCACUCUGCGGCAAAGUGAAGUAGAAGUGGUUCAUGCUCUGUUGUCUUGCAUAAUUGGACUUUUCUUCACAGAUCCUUUCCCUUCUCUCCCCGCUAUUUACUUGGAUGGUCAAGAACUAGCUGAAUUCUCUUUAGGGUACCUUUUGAAAUAAAAAUGUAGACCAGU